AAGAUGAUAACGAAAAACCAAAAAAAAAAAAACCAAUAUAUAAAGGAAAAAUGAAUUAAGAAGAAAUAUAUAUCAUAAUUAUUUAUAAUUUUAAUUUUCAAACAAAGAAGAGGUUGUUAUUUGCGGUCCGCAUUAAACGCUUGAUAGGGGAAUUUUCGAGGAAAUUUAUAGACGCGAGUGGAUCGAGAUGGGACUUUAAAAUUGAUGAGAAAUAGGAGAGUAGGAAAAUCAAUCUUUCCGCUAAUAUGACAAUAGACUAUCUGAAAGAAGAAUUCUGUACAGCCUUUCUAUAGUCAAUGGAUCCCAAGUUAAAUAGGCCAUUUGAUUUUGGCUGGAAAAGAGAAGUAGUACAUAGGACCAAUGGAAAUGCAAUUGAUAUAUAUUACCGUACACCAGAUAAAAAGAAACUAAGAUCGAAACUGGAAGUAUGUGAAUAUUUAAAGCAAAGAACGCGACUGAAAAUAGAGAAUUUCACGUUUAAAAGAAAACCACUAGGUUUCGAAAAUUCCAAGGAAAUAUGCAGAAACGUUUAUUCCACUGAAAGAGCUGAAAAUAAUCGUGGUGGAAACGGUAUAAAUAAUGAAAAUUAUUUUUAGAAAACCAAAUUGUACAGUUAACUAUUGAUGAAGAAAAUACAAAUAAUGUACAAUCCUGUUCUACGA